ACUAUUUUGUGUAAGUUUUUCUGAUAUGUAAGUGCACCGUGUUGGUACAGUAACACUCAAAGUAAAAGUAUAUUAAUCAGCACCUAAACUACUGUGACUCCGCCCGGAACUGUGUAAUGAAUGAGGUCAGGCAGAAGGAGGAAACAGACUUCGACAGCUAAGAUGGCGGAGGAGCAGCAGGAAUCAUCACAGGGAGAGAUGGAGGGAGGAGGGACUACCAGCAUCACAUCUCAUAGCUCAUCUCAAAAUCAGAAAGAAGAGUUACAACAAAGAGUGAACUGCCUUGCAUAUGAUGAGGCCAUAAUUGCUCAGCAGGACAGAAUUCAGCAAGAGAUAGCCAACAGUAACCCUUUAGUGUCGGACAGACAGGACCUGUCGGUGCUGCAGAGGGAGUACGCUGAUGAUGACACGGUUUAUCAGCUCAAGAUCAAGGACCUAUACAAAAAAUAUUCGUACAUUCGCAAGACACGACCAGAUGGGAACUGUUUCUACAGAGCCUUUGGCUUCGCACAUCUCGAAUCUCUGCUAGAUGACAGCAAAGAACUUCAGAAGUUCAAAGCGGUCGCAUCCAAAAGUAAACUGGACUUGGUCAACGAGGGCUUCACCGAGUUUACCAUUGAGGACUUUCACAACACUUUCAUGGACCUGAUCGAACUGUGUGAGAAACAGCCGACCCUGCAGGAGGUGUUGAACUCCUUCAACGACCAGAACGUGUCGGACUACGUGGUCGUGUACCUGCGGCUGCUCACCUCAGGCUACCUGCAGCGAGAGCACGGCUUCUUUCAGCACUUCAUAGAGGGAGGGCGCUCGGUCAAGGAAUUCUGUCAGCAGGAGGUAGAGCCCAUGUCUAAAGAAAGUGACCACAUUCACAUCAUCGCCUUAGCCCAGGCCCUCAACGUAUCCAUCCUGGUGGAGUACAUGGACAGAGGAGAGGGGGGAACCGUCAAUCACCACGUCUUUCCCGAAGGCGGAGACCCACGCAUCUUUCUCCUCUAUAGACCCGGCCAUUACGACAUCUUGUACAAAUAACACUCCCGGCCCACGGCCCGCCUCAUCCUCUUCCUGCUGAACGCGACCGCGGCGGAUUUAAAAAAAAAAAUAACUUCAGCAGACACGUGGAUGAAACGUACGUCUGUGUAUGAGAUUACACUCAUGUAUUUGAAAAAAAUGAAAAUAAAAGUUAAAUCACAUUACAUGCCUCCCUCCCUCCCCCCCUCUCCCCCAACUCCUCCCUCAGUCAUCACAAAAUGGUUAAUUAAAAAAAUCUUUGGAACAUAGAAGUGACUCCAGGCAUUUAGAGUUGUACAGGUUUUUUUUUCUUUUGUGGUUGUAAAUGUUAUCUACUUGCUUUAUGUUGGAUUCUUUUCCUUUGUUACACUGCGUUUCAUUGAGUUUUAUUAAAGGGAUUUACAUCUUA